CUUAAAAUCGAAUAUCGUGUUUUCUUGGAGCGAAAUUUCUGGUUUGGUAUCUAUUCGUCUACGGCUUUCCUUGGUUUUUUGGCUGCCGAUCGACUUUGAAUGCGAAAUAAGCAUGCCGCCGAAGCAGCAAUCCAAGGCCGAUAUAGCGAAGAAGCAGAAGGUCGUUGAAGACAAGACAUUUGGUCUCAAGAACAAAAAUAAGAGCAAAAACGUCCAGAAAUAUGUCCAGAAUCUCAAGCAAUCUGUCCAGCCAAAGGUCGACCCGAAAGUAGCUGCCAAGAAAAAGAAGGAGGAAGAAAAAGCUAAAGAGAAGGAGUUGAAUGACCUGUUCAAGAUUGCUGUUAGUCAGCCCAAAGUACCCGUUGGUGUUGAUCCCAAGUCUAUACUCUGUGAGUUAUUUAAGGCGGGACAGUGUACGAAAGGUUUUAAAUGCAAGUUUUCACAUGAUUUGAAUGUCCAGAGGAAGGGUGAAAAGAUUGAUAUAUAUAGUGAUAAGCGUGAUGAAGAUACGAUGGAGGAUUGGGAUCAAGAGACAUUGGAGAAGGCCAUCGAAUCAAAAAAGAAUUAUUACAACCUCCACAAGCCAACUGAGAUUGUCUGCAAGCAUUUUCUGGAAGCAGUGGAAAAGAAGCAGUAUGGCUGGUUCUGGGUGUGUCCUAAUGGUGGUAAAGAUUGCCACUAUAGACAUGCCCUUCCUCCAGGAUAUGUUUUAAAGUCACAAAUGAAGGAACUGCUCGAAGAGGAGAGUCAAAAGCUUGCAAUAGAGGAAGAGAUUGAGAAUGAGAGGGCAAAAGUUAAAACCACUACUCCCAUUACUCCGGAGCUUUUCUUCCAAUGGAAGAAGAAAAAGAUGGAUGAAAGAGAUGCUGGUUUGGCUGCACAACAAGCAGAGAGAGCUAAGAAUGACCGCAUGAGUGGUCGGGAGUUGUUUCUUGCAAAUGCAAGCUUGUUUGUGGAUGAUGCUGAGGCAUAUGAAAAAUAUCAGCGAGAAGAAGAACCUGAAGCCGAUGAACCAAAGGCUAAAGAUAAUCCAACGGGUGGACCCAGUACCUCAACAAGUGCUGUUGAUGAUUCUGAAGAUGUCCUCCUGGAUGAGGACGACGACGACGAACUGGAUCUUGAUGAGCUAAACGAGCUUGAGGCAAGUUUAUCCAGAACGUCGAUUCAGAUCGGGGAGCCAGGUAUCGAGGCCUCUUGAGAGGGAGAUUGAGACAUUGUUCACUGUAGCAGAGAGUGUGUGUUUGUUGUUUGUUAAAAAAUUAAGGAACAUAAUGGAUUCUGAGUUUUUAUGUUCUCUUAUUUGGGAUUGGACCGACUCUGGUUGCCAUAUAACAUAUUCAAAUUUUGACUCCA